AUGGACUUCGAUCACGUACCAGAGACCUCUCGCCAGGCUUUCAGGAAGAAGGGUUACAUUGCUUUGACUACCUACUUGAGGACGUACAAAAUCGGUGAUUAUGUGGAUAUCAAGGUGAACGGCGCGUCCACAAGGGUCGGGAACAGAAUUAUUAAGAAAAGAAUUCAUGUGAGAGUGGAGCACGUGCAGCCUUCUCGAUGCACGGAGGAAUUUCGCUUGAGGAAGGUGAAGAAUGAUGAGCUGAAGGCUGAAGCCAAGGCCAAAGGCGCAGUCAUCUGCACCAAGAGGCAACCGGAAGGCCCCAAACCAGGGUUCAUGGUUGAAGGAGCUCUGAUGGAGACUGUGACUCCCAUUCCAUACGAUGUGGUUAAUGAUCUCAAAGGUGGCUAUUAG